UCUUCAUAAAAAAGUAAUUGUUAUUCAAUGCACGCACUCUGUACAUGGCAUUUGAAUGUUCACAGUGCAAGUUUCUUUUAUAAAACAAUGGAAACAAAACGCUAAAUAUGAAUUUUAGAUACCAAAUGGUCAAAUAAGCCGACGUCGCUGCCUCCGUUCUCUUCAUGUUUACUCUUUGCCUUAAGUUCUAUUUGCGUUUCGCGUUUACUUCAACCUGGUUAAUUUGCAUAAAUUUCCCUGGCGUUUCGUCGUAAAUUUGCGUCAUAAACCAGAACGUGUAUUUGUCGCAGUUACUUAGCAAGUGUUUGUGUCCGUUGUGUAUGUGUGUGUGUGUGCAGUAGAAGCUGUGGCUGUAACGACAAGUGCACGCGAAUACGCCCCCCUUUUGUUGUUGGUACGCAUACCAACACACACCCACAAUCCUACGUCGCGCCACGCCAGGAAGCGUUGACCUGACCUAUUGGCGCUCACAGCUGAAACAGAAGCAGUAGCAGCGGAAUGUGGAAGUGCCACAAGUGCGGCAAACCCGUUUACUUUGCGGAACGUAAACAAUCAUUGGGCUACGAUUGGCAUCCAGAAUGUUUGCGUUGCGAUGAGUGCGGCAAGCGUCUAAACCCUGGUCAGCAUGCUGAGCAUAAAGGAGUGCCUUACUGUCAUGUGCCCUGUUAUGGCGCGCUGUUCGGACCACAAUUGUUUGGCCACGGCACGCGCGUUGAGUCACACAAAAGUUAUGGAGUUAAAGGUGCACAAAAGCCCGUGGCUCAAGGCAAUGGACCCUCACUGCCGAGAGAUCAUUUAGAGUCUAAGCUCAAGGUUUACAACCAAUUUUACGACAAUAAAAGUCUGGAAAUACGCAGUCGCGAGGUGAACAAUCGACUCAUAUUGGAGGGUGCUUUGCGUGUUUAUUGGGGCGUGCAGGGUGUUAUACAUCUGAAGGAGGACGAUGAUCAACGCACCUUUGUCGUACGGAAACGCAAUUCGUGUCGCUCAUCCAAGGCGGCAGAUGACAGCACGUCCGACAAGGAAAACGAAGGUAGUGAAUCCCUGGCUGCACCCACAACGACAGCCAGUGAGGUUGAAGGUCUUUCGACAGACAUAUCGCUAUCGGAGAGCAUGACGUUUGAUUCGUGCAGUUUAAAUGAGGUCUCCGAAUUGCCCACAACACCUGAAGAUGCAUCGGCUAAUACGGCAACGGGCGGUGGAGCUGGUAGUCAUGUCAAUGGUUGCGUAAACAACGACGAGGACGACCAAGAAACCACUACGACGGAUUCAUCAAACACUCUAAUUGGAUCGGAUGUCAGUGCUAAUACCAACAGCACCAACUGUGUAUCCUGCACAUUGCCUUCAAAGCUAGACAAACUAGAGAAAUUGGAUUGGGAUGAGAUCGAUGAUUUACUGCAGGUGGAGAGACAACAUAAUGACAAGGAUAAAAUGUACGAAACGAUGCCCGUCAAGUUGCCUUCUUCGUCGUCGACAUCGUCCAGUGAUAGCUCACCCACGAAGACGAAUUCAGCACAAAAUAGCACGGAUAGCACUAAUCCAAAUGAUACAUCGAUGCCCACUUCGACUGCCACGCAAAACAACAAUAAUAGCAACACCUCGAGCACAACAACCAACUCUACACCGACGGAGACUUCGUCUGAUGACUUUAUGACGGCUACAGCUUCAUUGACUACCAAUACGAAUACACAAAAUACGACGACAAUCACAACUACAACCACUUCGUUGGAUAAUUAUGAGACCUCCGACGAUGCGACGCUCAAAGCCAUGGACUUUGAGGAUUUUAAACGAAGCGUACAUCAAGAUUACGUAAAUGGUGCCAAUUCUUUUCAAGAACACAACGACGAUACGCUCAAGCGCAAUCAACCCAUUGAUCCCUCUCGCAUACACGACUCUUUGAAGCUCUAUGGUGAAAAUUCAGCCAUGAGCAAAAGCUUUAAUUGUGAGCAUGCCUUGCGCUCCAUAGAUCCCAACUUCAUCAACGACACAAUGAAUUUAAGAAGUAGUGUUGACUCCGCCCGCUCUUCACAGCGUCAAUAUGCGCUGCAGAAAAGUGGUUCCGCCUCUCAUGCUGUCAGCCGGGAUAACAAUAAUCAGCAACAUAAAAUAAACCCUUCAAUUCAGCGUGGGCGUCAGGUCUUCGAGAAGGGGAUAAAUCGCUCCAAGUCAGGACCUUCAUGCUUCGUUUACUCCGAUAGUGAUGACGACGAGUCAACAUUGCGACCGCAAAGAAUGGCAACAAUAAGACGCAGCGAUGUGCCUCAACGCUUCAUACAAAUCCAAAUGAACUGCUAUGCCAAAGAAGGGGCCAGCGAGGGUGAAUCAAGUCGUAAUGAAGCCCCGUCCAUAACGAAUAGUGGCGCAGUGGCCGGCGAUGAGCUGACGCAGACGGAGGAGCUGUUUACGGCUUCUGCGGGGACUCCGGCGAAUGAUGUUGCGAAUUCUGAGCAGCCGCUGCACGUAACGGAGGAUGGUGUGGUUCUUCGAAGACCGCCACGCACGGGGGCAGCAGCAAUUAAACGACGCAGUGGCAAUAGGCGUUCUCGCACAAAGCUGAAACGUCGCUGUUCCAUUAAUGGACAUUUCUACAAUCGGGAAACUUCGUUUUUUACGCCUCCGCACGGCUCACAAAUGUCCGUGUGGGUAACAUCUUUGGUCACCACACAGGAGGUUAUUAAUUUGGUGCUGGAGAAGUAUAAAGUAGACAGUGCGCCAGAGAAUUUCUCACUCUUUAUCAUACGCGACAAUGGUGAACAAAAACGACUCAAGGAUAAUGAAUAUCCGCUUAUUACGCGUGUCACGCUCGGUCCGCACGAGGACGUCGCACGUUUGUUUUUGAUGGAUUCGCGCAAAACUGAUGAAAUCAGCAAUGAGGUUGCUCAAUUUUUGAAUCUAUCCCUCCCCGAGUGCCGUUCUAUUUUGGAUCGCUACGAUCAGGAAAUGGCACGUGAAGUGGCCAAAAUAAAAGAAAGAUAUGCUGAACUGCGUCGUCGAAUUGUGUCGCGCAUGGAAUCUCUGAAAGUUCAUUUAUAAAUUGAGUCUCAAUAAAUUUGGAUUGAAUAUUUUUAUACACGCAGCCAUAAUAUUUAAGCAUAAAAGUUGCAAUAGUCGUAUCAGACGAUGCUACAAAUGUAAUUUUACGUAGCAGCGAAAUGAACAUUUAGUCAAAAUUAAGGCGCUAAAAUCAAACGGCAAUGACCAAUUGGCAAUUGCACAAACCAGUGAAAAGAAAAAGAACAGGUCGCAUUAUUUUCCAACCAACUCCGGACUCUUUUCUAUCCUAAAUACUAACAAUUUCCAGGCAAUUCCAUUAAAAAGCAAUUAAGACUUGUAAUUAACCAAAAAAUAAUUAUUAAUUAUAUAUCGUGUAUUUUUGUUUAUGUUGCAAAUCAGAAUAUUAUGAUUUAACAAAUAAUGUAACGAACAAACACUAAAAAGUGAAUGUGUAAUGAUUAACACUUAGGCAGAACAAAUAUAAAUAGAUUUUAACGAAUACGUAAUAAAGAAGUAAAUAGAAAGGAAUAUCGAAAUCAAUUUUAAUAAGUCAGUGAACAAAUUUGUAAAUUUAUAUACAUAAAUAUAUACAAACAUGAAUAAUAGCAAGCAAAAUAAAUUCAACUAAUGCUGUUAUAUGCCUGCUGCAAUUCUCUUCACACAAAAACUGUAAGCAAUCACAAAAUUACCAAAACUACGAAGAGCAACUAAGUAUUUAAAAUAAAAUAGGUACCAUACGGACUUGUUGAUUGAAAAUCAUUUUGAGAUCAAAUUAAAUUCAAAUUUAACAGAGAAA